CAUAAUGCUUCAGUAAGACCGCUGAUAACCGUUCUAAAUAAAUACUUCCGACUCAGUUCACAUUUUGCAUUCUAGCACUAAAGUUCAAUACAAGUAAAGUCUAAAAAUGAAAUAUUUCCUAUUGCUGUUAUUAGUGGGCUUGGUUUACAGUGAUGACGAUUACGUUCUAAAAACCCGAGUUGAUGUGGCUCAAUCGUUUCGAAAAUGUUUGUCGAGUCAAGGUGUGAGUAGGGAUACAUUCAAGAAAACCGAUUGGACUUUAAAUAGCACUGAUCCUUUGGUACAAACAACGAUAAAAUGCGUGGUCGAAGAUUUCGGUUUGUUCGAUGAAACUAAUGGAUUUAACCGGGAUCGCGUUGUGAAGCAAUUCGGUGGUGAAGCAGUUAGGACAAAAGUAGAGACAUGCAUCACUAACAAUCCAAUUGGCACACCAAAUGUAUCCCAAUCGGUUCAAAAUGUUAUGUACUGUUUGGAAGAGAACGGCUUGAAAAUGUAUGAAGACCAGCCAGUUAGAGUCAGCACGAGUGACUAGAACAUUGAAAUUUAUGGAUGUAAGAGAAAAGUGAAAAUGAAAUAAAAGUGGCCUUGGACUUUCUGA